AUGGCAGUGCCGAAGAUCACAGUAUAUCUCGAUCUCGUGAGCCCAUUUGCAUACAUUGCAUUCCACAUUCUAAGGAAUUCGCCGACCUUUGCAAAAUGCGAGAUUGAAUAUGUUCCGAUCUUCCUCGGGGGCCUGAUGCAAACGUGUGGCAACACGCCGCCAAUAGCAGUCAAAAACAAGGACAAAUGGAUCGAUGUCGAGCGGCUACGUUGGGCCAAAUACUUUUCGGUGCCAAUGGCCGACCGGGUCCCAGACGGGUUCCCUCUUCGGACACUUCAAGUCCAACGGGCGCUUUGCGCCCUCUCCCAGAUCUCUCCUGCACAGGUUGCCCCGGCGAUGGAAGCUUUGUUCCGCUCGUCAUGGGUCGAUCGGAACGCGAAGAUCGUUGACCCCAAUACUUUCGGCUCGAUUAUAGGACAAGUCGCCGGUGAAGAGGUUGCGCAGCAGGUGGUUUCCCUCGCUGAGUGUCCCGAAGAUCCUCGCAACGACAUUUCUAACUAUCGUGAUUAUGACCAGGUGGGCCAGGCUCAUGUGAAGUCACUCCUGACAUCAAACACGGAGCGGGCCUUCAAGGAUGGCGCAUUCGGACUACCGUGGUUUGUGUGCACCAAUGUCAACAACAAAACGGAAGGGUUUUGGGGGGUCGAUCAUAUUGGGCAAGUGGCAGAUUUCUUAGGCUUAGAUCGGAGCCACAAUGCGGGCUUUAGAGCUUCACUCUGA